AUGGAGAAUUUCGGCUUAAUUGAACUCGCCAGCGCGAAAACAACCGUAGCUCCCGGAUGGGCUUACGUCCCUGACCGGACGGCCAAUUCGGCCGCGACAAUCCAGACUACUGGGCGAAAACGAGCGGCUGCGAGAGGAAAGGGUUUGAGCCUCUCAGACCAGACUGCAAGAGAGGAGGCGAAGAUACGCAAGGAGCUCGAGGCUUUAGACAGAGAGGGAAGCAGGGAUGUAGUGAUCCCUGUACCGGCUAAAGGCCGAGCGGCGCAAAACAAGUCGACGCCGAAUGUGCGAAAGAUUCUGCAGAGUAUGAAGACGUUUGCAAACCACUUGGAUGACUUCGAGGCGAUGCAGACGCAAGGCGGCGACAGAAUACCAAAGCCUGGAACACUGGGUUCCAGUGUUGAUAUCGUCAUGGGAGAGACGGGGACGCCUGUGCUGACACCCCUCGCACCUUCGUCAGAAGACGUGGAAAUGACUGGCGGCGACGAGCAGAGCAAGGACGAGAAGCCGCAAGAGCUGAAGAUUAACGGCGUCAAUGACGUGGAGAAGCUACUAGCGCCUCGGGUGCCUGAUACUCCUUCAGACGCGGAGCUCAGGACGUUACUAGCAGCCCCGCCCCUCAACUACAGACAAGCUCGGGCAACGUGGACAGCCGAAGCUGCUCGGUAUCCGGUGAGAGUCUUUUGCUCCGUCUGCGGGUACUGGGGAAAGUUCGCUGCGUGA